AUGUCUGUCUCUCCUCAGGACGCAGGGCUCAAUGUACUCACUGAUGCUAAGUACUUCAGUACCUACCACAACGGCAAUGAGACCAAACAGCGGGAUGGGGGAGCUCUACAAAGUCAGAGUGUCAAGAAGGUGGAGAGGGUGGAGAGGGUCAGACAAGAAUUCCCAGAAACAUGGCUCUGGAUCAACAAGACCGUCGGAGCUGACGGUAAAGCCACCAUCAGUAGCACUGUGCCUGACACUAUCACCUCCUGGAUCGCCAGCGCCUUUGCUGUCAACUCCGCUACUGGUCUUGGUGUGGCCCCGUCUACCACAAAGCUGCGUGUCUUCAGUCCCUUCUUCGUGAGCUUGUCCAUGCCUACCUCGGUGUUACGUGGAGAACAGGUCGUCAUUCAAACCAGUAUCUUCAACUACCUGCCAAGUGACGUGGACGUUGUAGUGUCUUUGCCUACGUCUUCGGACUACGUCAACGUGGUGGUUGACAGUUCCGGUAAAACUAACAAGGAAUCAAAGGACCAGACUCAAUAUGUCACAGUUAAAUCCAACGAGCCCCAGACUGUGUACUUCCCCAUCAUUCCAUCAUCUCUGGGAGCUAUCGACAUCGAGGUGUCAGCACGAACAACUCUAGCUGCUGAUGCUGUCAGGAGACAGCUCAAUGUCCAGGCGGAAGGGAUCCCCAAAGAAUACAACACACCUGUCUUCAUUGAGCUGACACCAGGAGGCGCUGACUUCAACCAACAUGUGGCACUGUCACUUCCAUCAGAGGCAGUAACCGGAUCAGAGAAAGUCAGAGUCAAAGUUACAGGUGACCUGAUUGGCGCCAGUCUCGACAACCUGGAGAACCUUCUGGCUCUACCCACUGGAUGUGGUGAACAGAACAUGAUGACUUUUGCCCCGGAUGUAUAUAUUGCUGACUACCUGUACACAACCAAGCAAAUGACACCCGCCUUGGAGUCCAGGAUCAUGACCUAUCUGGAGCUAGGCUUCCAGAGGGAGCUCACAUAUCAGAGACAGGAUGGAUCCUUCAGUCCUUUCGGAGACCGAGAUGAGGCAGGACACAUGUGGCUGACUGCAUUUGUAGCACGCAGUUUCCAUCAAGCCAGGCCUUACAUUUUUGUGGGAAAUCAGACUUUGGCGAGGUCCCUGAACUGGAUGGCAGAGAGGCAGAAUUUGGAUGGAUCCUUCAAUGAGCCUGGGCUUGUGUUUGACAGACAGAUGCAGACUUCCAAAGCCUCGCUUACAUCCGUGGUGCUGCUGGCUUUCUUGGAAAAUCAAGACAUUGGUGGAUAUGGGAUUAAUGAGUACACGCUUGGAAACGCCACUGUGAAUGCCACGAAGUACCUGGAGUCAGUGGCUCCCUCUAUCACGGAUCCCUUCACUCUUGCCAUUGUCAGCUACGCCUUGUCUGAGGCUGGCAGCUCAGUAGCGGAUGUCACGUUCAACAAACUCAACGCCGCAGCUGAGGUUAAAGGUACUCUGAAACACUGGACGGAACCAACAACCGCCUCCUCAACUUACUAUACAAACUGGACACCUCCACACACACGCGCCCAGCCCAUUGACAUUCAGACAACAGCGUAUGGUCUUCUGGCAUCCUCGGCACGCGGUGAUCUCAGAGGAGGUCUUCCAAUAACCAAUUGGCUGACCUCACAGAGGAACCCAUAUGGCGGCUUUUCUUCAACGCAGGACACAAUGGUCGCACUUCACGCCCUAACUGACUAUGCCCGACGUGCACAUGCUUCCGGUUUCCAAGUUGAGGUUGACAUCAAGAGCGGAAGUGACAACCAGCAUAUAUCUGUGACUGACAGCAGCGCACUCGUUUUGCAAUCAAGAGAGCUGACGAAAUUCCCAAAGGACGUGUCUAUUACGGCUACUGGUAAAGGUGUUGCAUAUGCCGAUGUGGAUGUGUUCUUCAACGUUGAUGCUGAAAUCGGUGACCCAUCCUUUGACAUUAACACUGUGCUGCUUGAUGACACCAUCAACAACUUCAGACUGAUGACUUGCACUAAAUGGCUGAAGGAGGGAUCCAGUGGAAUGACAGUGAUGGAGAUAUCUAUCCCAUCAGGCUUUGAUCCAGAUAUGACCUCAAUGGGCAACGUUGCUGGUCUGAAGAGAUUUGAAAGACGUGGUAGAAACGUGGUUGUAUACUUUGAUGAGAUCGGCACAACGUCCAUCUGCUUUGACAUCCUGUCCACCAGAACCGGCAUGGUGACGAACAACCAGCCCAGCUACGUCACAGUCUACGAUUACUACCAGCCCAGUAACCAGGGUGCCACUUUCUACGAAACUCGCAGUCUCAAGGAAGCCACAAUUUGUGAUGUGUGUGACAAGUGUUGCAACCAGAUUUGAAAACAACUGUGAAGAGGAAAAGAGAAACAUUAAAAGUCUUAUGCAAAAUGUGAAUAAAUAAUUCCAUCAA